AUGGCCAAGAGUAUCCGAGCCAGUGUCUCCAAGCGCAAUCGUGCCACUCUGCGCAAAAAGGUGUUUGGCCCCGUCGUUGACGCCCGCACUGAGCGACUUGCCGCCAAACUUCAAGAACUUGCUUCGCAACCUCGCCCCAAGGCCCCCGAAAAGUCAAAGAAGGAACUGGAAUCAGAUGAGACAGCCGAUCAAAGCUCAGGUGCUAAGGCAGCCUCGGCUGAUGAAGCCAUGGAUAUCGACAUCAAAUCCUCCAAGAGACACCAGAAAGGACGUGUGCAGAAGACCAAAAAGCCUCGCAACAACAUUGUGUUUAAAGCUCACCCGUCCAAGACAAAGAAAGGCCCAAAGAGGAAGUGA